AUGACGAUGACGGCAGAGAAGCAGCGCUCCCUUUUGGCCAUCUGCUCGGUGGCCGGCACGGCGUUCAGCUUCCGGUCCGUGGUCAGCCUGGCCUUAUUGGACAUGACGCGAGACGCGGCGGUCAACGUGGACAUCGCCCAGGUGGGACGGCUCAAUGCCACAGGGCAGUUCGCUUAUGCCCUGGGCAAGCUGCUUGGUGGUGCCGUGGUGGAUGCGAUUGGAGGCAUGCGGUCCCUCUUCGCAAUAUUGCUGCUCCUGGCCGGCAGCUUUGGGUCCAUGGCCCGGGCCCCCGGCCCGGGGAAAGCCCUCGUUGCCAGCUUCGCAGCUUCCAGGUUCGGGACGGCCGCUGUGUGGACGGCGGCAGCCGUCAGCAUCAAAACGGUCUUCAGCGGCGGUGGGCAAGUGCAGGCCCUGAGCAUCGGCCAAGUCGCCAUGCGCGUGGGCGCGUCCCUGGGUUCCCUGCUGGGCGGCCUCCUGCUCAGCCGCCUAAAGAGCUGGCGCCGGCUCUUGCUGACCUACGCAGGCGUGGGUGCUGUGACUUCUCUGGUGGCUCUCGGCAACUGCGAGCCGCAGCAGCCAGCGAAGAGCGCCCCAGAGACUGGAGCUACCGAGAUUCAAAGAGAUCUCACGCCCAUCUCCUCGGCCCUUUUGGUUGCAGCGCGCACCCCGAAGCUCUGGCUGCUCUUCUCCUCCACCACGAUGAUCACCCCCACUUUCGACUUCGUGGCGCUGUUGCCUCAGUUCCUCAACGACGUUUACGGGAUGAAGGACGCCCAAAUCGGCUCCUUCUCCAGCGUCUUUCCCCUGGCGGCUCCGCCGGCCAUCCUCCUGGCGAGCAUGGCGUUGCCUUCGCUGUCCGGGAAAGCUCGCGCGAUGUCCCUGCUGGCAGCGCAAGCUCUCUCAGCCGGUGGCUUCCUAGCGCUCGCAGCUUCGCCAGCUCCCUCCAUGCUGGUGCCAACCUUGACGGCUAUCGCGGGAGGCUGUGCGCCCGCCUUGUCCUGCGUGCCACCAGAUUGGAUCAUGAGGUGGGGAGGACCACGCGCCGGUCUUUUCGCCGGACUUCACGAUGUGCCAGGUAACUUGCUGGCGAUGUGGCUUUACGCCAAGGUGCCUCAAAUCCUGGCAAAGGGUGGCUGGGCCCAGGUGAUGCGACUCUACGCUUUGCAAGUGUCCUUGGGCGCCCUGUGCCUGGCUGCCUUCCAGUGGCUGGAAGCCGCCGAUCCGGUUACCAAGAGUCCCUUCGAGCUGUAG